UCAGCACUUGAACGGAGCGACACACUCAAGUGGAAUCCUUAGCCUACCAAGAGAAUUUCUGAUCUGCAACACCUCUAUCAAACUAGCCUACUCUGAAAUCAUGGCAACAACAGAGAUUGAGAGCACAUUCAGUCCGGAGUUUGUACAAGAGUUACUGCCGUCAGCACAGCGAGUUGCUCUAUUGUACAAUGUCUCUUAUCUGUGUCUGGCCAACUUCCCCAAGCUGGAGAGGAUGCUGCGGGAGAGGGCCUUGGAGACCCAGAUGCUGUUUGGUUCAUCUGAGGCCAUGCUGCUGAAGUGUGUGCUUACCAGUGGCAACUUGGUUUCAUCCCUGUUUCCAAUGCUCAAAAUAGCAGUGGAGAAGAAUAAGCCUACGCUCGCUGUGAGGUACCUGGGGAAGGCAAAAGCUUGGAUUAACGAUAUCAUCGAUGAUGUUGACGACCUUGUAAAGAAGUAUGAGAAACACACCACAGAUGUUGCCACAACCACUAGUGAUGUCAUUGCUGAAAAGGAUAGUACAGAACAGAAAAUAGAGAAGUUGAGUAAAGAAAGACAGGCAAUCAAAGACCAUUUGGAAAAACUCAAAAAAGACCUGAAACAAGCUGUCGAUGAAUUGGGCAAUAUAGAUACAAAACUAAAAGCCAAAAGCAAUGAGCUUCAACAACAUGUCCAAGAUGCUACCAGGGAGGAUGCUGGGCUUGGCAUCUUUGGUGCUAUAGUGCCGUUUAUUGGACCCAUAGUCCAUGCCAUCUACAAGACAGCAACUUCACCAGGUGUUGUAGCCAAAACCAAGGCUCUGGAGAAUGAGAUCAAUCAACUAAUUUCAGAGAAAACUGCACUGAGGCAGAAGGAGUGGCAACUCCAGAAUGAAGUGAUCAACUGGCAGAUGCAGGAGACGAAGGCCAGCAUUGAAUUGGGUACAAUUCCAUCCCCAGAACAUCUACCCGAGGUUCAGGCUCACCUGUCUAAAAUCGUUCAGAUUCUGAUUUGCCUACUAACAUUCUGGAAGAAAGUCGGUACACUGCUGGACUCCCUGGAACAGAAGACCUUUGCUGAUGAAGACUUGGUUGAUUUUUUAGAAGACACGAAGGAGGAGUUUUUGAAAUCAAUCACUGCAGCUGAAAUGGUUUGGAAGUCUUUUGGUGCCGGAUGUGCGAGAGCCAAUGUGAUAUUCGCUGUCGAGACCAAAGAUGCCUACAAGUUCCUGGAGUUCAGCCCUUCCUCCCUCCCCAAGGAGGAGUGGAAGAAAGCGCAUGAUGCUGUGAUGGAGAAGCUGAAGGAGAUAGAGCCUCCCGUCACUCCUACCAUCACCAUGGAAACCUCAGAGUAAUCUACUGAUGCUGAUCCGUGAUCCAGCGCUAAUCUGCUGAUCCGUGAUCCUGUGAUCCCAUUUGCCUGUUUUGCUUUGCAAAUGUUUGUCAUAAUUGCUGGCCUGCCUUCUUGACCGGGGUUCGAGGUGUUUUGCUGUGUACCUGUUUCUGUCCUGACUGCUUCUUGACUAAUAUAUUGAAGAGGUUCAUUAGGCUUACUGUAUUAUACUAUUUCUCACUGUUUCUCUGUACAAGCCAAUAAGGUAAAAUUGAUUUUUUUUUUUUUUUGUGUACCUGACAAGUUUCGGCUACCUUGCCUCUGUAGCCUUCAUCAGAGGUGUCACGUGAUGUUGGUGUGAUGUGGUCUGAGAUGUGUUAUAUGGAGUUCUCCAUCCCACCUGAUGUGGUGUGACGUGGUCUGAGAUGUGUUAUAUGGAGUUUUCCAUCCCACCUGAUGUGGUGUGACGUGGUCUGAGAUGUGUUAUAUGGAGUUCUCCAUCCCACCUGAUGUGGUGUGAUGGCCUGGGGUGCUCCAGGGGGACUAAGAUUCAAGGUGUUUUGCUGUGUACCUGUUUCUGUCCUUACUGCUUCUUGACUAAGAUUCAAGGUGUUUUGCUGUGUACCUUACUUGAUUUGUUUUUGCCUAGUGUCUAGUAGUGAAGUGUGAACUUGUGGACGUGAAUUUAGUUUGGACUCCCGCAGGAAGUAAAUGCCAGCAAUGUAGAGUUAGACACUUUUGACGAUUUUACAUUAAGAGGCUUUUUUAUUAUUAUUAUUGUCAUCAUUAAAAAUACAACACAGCCUGUAUUAACAGUAUUGACAGUAGUCUGUAUUAACAGGUAUACAAUAAUGUCAAAUCUUUCACUAAGGUUUAUUUUUCGUGUACAUUAUGAUAGAAAUGUUCACAUCUUAAUUUGUUUAAUCUAGCUUUCGCUGGCUUCUAUUAGGAAUUGCCACUGCUGGUGUCUACUGUUUUCACCUAUUAAAUCCAGAUAAAUCUCA